CAUCACAUGACCCACUCCACUAGCUGAGAAUCAUUUGACCUCACUGCCUUUUGUCAGAAUCAUUCUCCCAACAUGCUCUGUACUGUGGGGUGAUCCAAACCACAUGUGUACUGAAGUUGUGUAUGAUGUACCACAACAAACAUGGCAUUCUCUGUCAUCACAAGAAGUCAUUCCUAUGAUUAUAAUGAUGCUGAAGACAGCGUGUUUGGUAUGAGACAGGACCUCACAGUUCAGAAUUUACCCACGAGGCGCAAGAGGUUUGUGAGGCGCCAUUCCUACAGUCCUUAUGAGGUCAAGGUGAAGACACUUGCCCACCAUCACCAAUGGAAGGCGCCAGAGUUUUUCCGUGGAGCGAAGCUCCCCCCGGGGAGGAUGGUUUCGCACCAGUCCAGCCUGCCCCGCCUGCCUGUCCCCGACCUGUGUCAGACCCUGGAGAAAUAUCUCCUGACUGUCAGGCCAUUGGUAGAUGACACUGCCUUUCAGAAGACAAAGCAGUUAGUUGAAGAGUUUGGCAAAUCAGGAGGCCUUGGUGAGAGUCUACAGACCAAACUGAAGAAGAGGGCACAGGAAAGACAAAACUGGCUUGACGAUUGGUGGCUUCAUACGGCAUAUCUAGACUACCGUGAGCCUGUUGUCAUACAUGUGAGCCCUGGGAUUGUAUGUCCGCCACAGAACUUCUCUGGCAAGGAAGAGCAACUUCAAUUUGCUGCUAAGCUUGUUGCUGGUGUCUUGGACUACAAAGUACAAGUAGACGACCAAUCCGUGCCCAUUGACAAGCUGAGAACUCAGCCCCUGUGUAUGGACCAGUACUACAAGUUGUUCUCAGCCUGCCGUCUGCCGGGGGACCAGCGAGACCAGGUGGUGGUGUACGGGCCUGACUGUGACGAUAGGCCCAGGCACAUUGUAGUGGUGCACAACAACCAGUUCUUCUCUUUGGAUGUUUACGAUAACAACUGGAAGCCUCUGAGCCAAGACCUCAUCCAUGCCCAGCUGCAGAGGGUAGUAUGUCAGUCCAAACACCCUGGUGUGCCAGUGGGGAUCCUCACUACAGAGAACAGAGACACGUGGGGCAGAGUCUACAAGGUACUCAAGAAAGAUAAACAUAACAAAAGGUCGCUGGAAGCCAUCAACAAGAGCAUGUUCAUGCUGUGCCUGGACCAGGAGACAGACAGGGGGGCGGACAGGUGGACCAGCAUGGGUCAUCAGCUGAUGCACGGGGGAGGGAGUCAACUCAACAGUGGCAACAGGUGGUUUGACAAGACAUUACAGUUCAUUGUUGGUACAGACGGAGCUGUAGGGAUUGUCUAUGAACAUUCACCAGCUGAAGGACCCCCUAUCAUUGCCUUACUGGAUCACAUGUUGGACUACUGCUGUCAAGCCCCAGCAGUGAAAGGACCAAGUGUUCAGCCUAUGGAGCCUGAGAGACUAUUCUUCUCUCUUAAUGACAGCGUACUGGAGGCUAUUGACAAUGCAAAGCGAAACCUUGAUAUGCAAGUACAGGACCUGGACCUUCAUCUGGUCAUGUUUAGGACAUAUGGCAAGGACUUCCCCAAAUCUCAGAGACUUAGUCCUGACAGCUACAUCCAGAUGGCCAUGCAGUUAGCCUUCUACAAAGUGUACAAAGUUGCUUGUGCAACGUACGAGAGUGGCUCCACACGGAUGUUCCACCUGGGUAGAACAGACACCAUCCGAUCAGCUUCUGUCCAAUCACUGGAGUUCUGUCAAGCUAUGCAGGACAGCACGAUCCAUCCCUCCGAGAAAGUGGCCUUAUUAAGAAGAGCUGUUGAAGGCCAUAAAAAGUAUGCUCAGGAGACAGUCAGUGGCCAGGGUAUUGACAGGCAUUUGCUGGGGUUGAAGCUGAUAGCUGUGGAGGCGGGACUAGAUGUGCCAGUCUUGUUUGUGGACAGUACCUACCAGCAGGCUAUGCACUUCAAGCUCUCUACCAGCCAGGUUCCGUCUAAGUACGACUCUCUACUGUGCUUUGGUCCGGAGGUACCAGAUGGGUACGGUGUCUGCUACAACCCAGCCCAGGAUCACCUCAACUUCUGUAUCUCAGCCUUCAACAGCAGCCUGCAGACAGACACGGGGAAGCUGGCUGCCGCUCUGCAGCAGAGUCUGUUGGAGAUGCAGGAGCUGCUGCAAACACAGGCUAAACUGUAGAUCAGGUAGAGAAUAAAGAAACUCUUUUUACACAACCAUUGCUUUAUUCUCAACGACGUUUUGGUGAC